AUGUGUUGUGUCUUGUACUUCGAACAAGCAAUAUGUUCGAGAGUGGUGGCGCUAUGCUGUCGCUGGUUCGAUGAUGUUGGUUUGAUGGAUGGGGUGAUGUUGGUGAAGAUAAAUAGUGUCACACGGUGUUGUGUCGCUAUUUAUAUGAAAAGUGGAUGUGUGGGAGGUGAUGGUGUGCGCCAAUUAGAGCGUGACUACCCUUCGGACAGUCCUCCAGGACCCGUUAGCAUACCGCCCAUCCUGGAAGUCCCAGUUGGCAGGGUGGUGGUACGUCGCGUUGGCGGGGGCAUGAGGUCCAAGGUCCUUUUUUUAAAGCCAGGAGUUGUCUCUCAAAAUAAUGAACCAGUCUUGAAAAUAUUUUGCCACAAUGUCAAUACCAAAUCUUUUAUGUAUAUGUGGAAAAGUUUACCCAUACACUUAAGUACAAAUACAGAAAACUAUGAUCUUUGUAAUGGGAAAACUCCUCCAGAAGUAUUGGAAAAGCACGAGAAUCAGAGAUAUUGGCGUUUUAAUUUAUUUGGUACAAACAAGAGUAACAAGUUCAAAAUUAAUCCAUUUGAAGAAGUUUGCAUCGGUAUAUAUGCAUAUCCGUCGAAUUUACAUAAACACUCAAUGAGCAUAACAGAAACACGUAUCGAUGUUUACUCAUUAAUAUUAAUGAUUAUGGGCACCAUCAUCUAUUGGAACGCUCCUAAAUUAAGUGAAAGUCGAAUUUUUUAUUAUUUCUGUGGAACAUCUAUAGUAUAUUAUCUUACAAAAUUAUUGCGAUGGGGUAAAAUAAUGUACCGGAUGGUCGCCACUAGUUGGACAAUGAGUGUUUAUAUUAUUCAAGCAUUGUGGGCCCAUGCACAUAUAAUUACAGUAGAGUAUAGAGAAUGGAUCACAUUGUAUAUUCUACUUACAUCUUUCAUCAGUUUCAUAAUUUGUUAUUGGUUUGGCACAAUUACAAAUGCUAGAACGAAAAAAGUUAUCCAAUGGUUUCUGCAGAUAGGAGCGCUGUUUGCCAUGUAUCACAGCAGUUACUUCCGCGAAGUAUCAAUUUUUUCUUGUAUUGUUAUUAUUCUUCUUUAUAAUUUUCCCAUUGUUGCAAUUCGAAAAGUGCGAAGUUAUUGGUAA